AACCUGGCCCGCGAAGCAGACGACAAAAUGGCUCUACAGGAAAUUUUGACAAAAUCAAAUCAGAAAAAGUUCUUAUAAACUAUCUAUUUAAUUCGAUGUAGAAGCUUGUAAUGAUUUAGUUUGGGCAUAAAUUUAUCAUAUUCCCACAAUAUCCGGUAAGUAAUUCAGUUAAAGCUGAAACUGUCCACAAAAACCAUCAGUUACAGGUUUUAUCUGUAUAUAUAAACAUAUAUAUAUAUAUAUAUAUAUAUUUAUAUAUACUGUAUAUAUUUAUAUAUAUAUAUAUUGUCAUUCCCUGAUUUAGGCGAAAUACCGCAAACUAAUAUAGUUUGGUAUAUUUUUAUUGCAUUUAAGGCGCCUUUAUAAAUCUCUUCACGUAUUAGGUGACAAAUAAAUCUGUCCGUUGUGUAAGAGAGAGAAAUAAGAAGAAUAGGAAUUAAAUUUGAGGAAGUGAAAGCCAACUAAGUGCAUAUUCAUUUUCUAAGGGAAAAACGUUCUUUUUGUCUUUUUGAAGAAGAUGGUAUCGUAUUUUAAGAAUUUUAUUUUUAAUAACUAUUUUUUAUUUUUGUCCCAAUAACUGCCUGAAACGCUACACAAAAAGAUACAAAACCUUCUUUUUUACUGUAAAGAGUGUAUUAUUUAAAAUUUGUUCUAUUUUUUUUUUCACAUACAUAUACUCUAUGUGGAGAAUAAGUGUACUUAGCAGAAAAUUUAUCUUUUAACUCAAUUAAUUAUACCAUUUUUUUUUGUUCUCAACAAAGAAUCUUUUUCUUUUUUCAUGUUUUAGAGUAGUACCGCUUCCCUAAAGGGAAACGACUUACUCUCUUGUUCGAGAAAACAACGUAUGCAACGUCCUGGAUAUUAUAACGGAGACGUAGACGUCAAAUGUCUGACGAAACGCUUUGAAAGCGGUGUAAAUUUACAAGCAAGGAAAAAAUCAGAUCCGAUGGAUCUUAAUCGGAUGCCAAGCUUAAAGGUCGCUAAGAAAAUUUGUUUGUCGGAAAGGCGUAAAAUAUUUGAAAAUUCUGAUGAAAAUUCUGACUAUAAGAUUAAAUUCACUCGUGAAGUAAGGGACGGAAAUAUAUUGUUCAGUAGGAAAAGUCCAGUCUUUCGACGACGAUCUGUUAAUGUUAAAGAGACCAUAAAAUCUUACGAAUUCGACAAAUCGACCGACGAAGAGCGUGUACCUAGAAGACAUUCGGAACUUCCUCCUUUCGCAGAAGAAUUAACGAUGGAGGACAAUCCACUAUACGAUCAAACUUUCGACGAUGACCAUUUAAAAGAAGACGGUGCUGAAGAGGUUAAUUGCCCAGUAAUAGAGCAAGUUGACAAUGCUUAUGCCAAUGUGAACAUUAUUAAACCUAUAUAUGAUAAGAACAAAAAUCUUAAAAGCAGUACUGGAGGAAUUUUCGAGAAGAAAUCAGGUAAGAAAAAAGAAAAAGCUAAAGUAAACUCUUGCGAAUUACCUUCGACAAGCGAAGAAGACGACAGUGAAGAUGAAGAACCGUCUGCUUAUCAUAAAAGAUGUAAAGCUAAACUCCAGAGAACCAAAAGUAUAAAACAGGAUCCAAAUGUGAUAAAGAAUGAAGGGGUUUACGAAUUCGUUAAACUGAAAUCGACGAGAAUCAGUGAAUUAUGUGUUAUAUUAACGGUUGAUGAAAUAAACAAUGAACCAGUUGUAAACCUUGAAUUCUGUUGUCCCGAAAAAUCCGAUAUUACUGCAUUAAAGAUACUUGCAUUGCCUGAUUUAGAAAAGUUGGAAAAGGAUUCUUUUGGCUACGUUCAAAUUCUAACAAGUGCUGAAGGGGCCUAUACUUAUUUGUACUGCCGUCGAAUAUAUUUUAAAAAUGAGAAUAAAAUGGAAAUUUAUGCCAUAUUAACUAAUUUCCAAUGCGAUAAGAUAUAUGAUAAAUUGCUACUCUUCGUUGAAACUUUAAGGACAGCCAAUAAAAUUGACGAUAUAAGAUCUCUAUUACGUAAGUGUACAAGAGAGAAAAUUCCUGAAGAAAAUGAGACUACGAAACUGUCAGAAAACAAUAGCUAUGCCUUAAAUUUAACAUACGUCGACUGUAGGAAGGAAGUUGAUUAUGCCUUUCUUUUGGAGCGUACAGAUGUUGAGGGUUUGACUAAAAUAUUCUCUGCUGCUCUAUUGGAAUCGAAGCUCAUCUUCGUGAGUGAAAAUCUGCAUGUCCUUACCAAAUUUUCAACGACCUUCAUGGAAUUAUUAUAUCCUUUUAAAUGGCCUCAUUUCAUUUUGCCGGCAACACCGUCCAGCAUGAAAAUUACCAUGGAAAAGCCAGGACCGGCUAUAAACGGAUUUCUACUAUAUUUUUAUGAGAAAAUAGAAAGUGUUUAUGGCCCUCCGGAUGACGUAAUGAUUGUUAACUUGGAUUCUGGUAGCAUCGAAGAAAAUGAUACAGUACUUCUACCGAAGAAAUUGAAAAAACCACUUGUAGCGUCGUUAUCCAACAUUUCCUGCCAUAAAAGAGAGCAAGCUUCGGACUUAAUUAGGGAGAGCUUCCAACGGCUAUUAGCUACCCUUUUUCAAGAUUAUAGUGAUUAUUUAUAUAAAUCAGACAUGUAUUAUGAUUUCAAGAGGGACGAAUUUAUAGAAAGCUUACGCCCAAAGAGUGUCCAAAGUUUUACUAAUAAUUUAGUGAGAACAGCUCAUUUCGAUCUGUUCGUUCAAUGGUAUGAUCCCAUGAAACCGCCAUAUAGUUAG